CUCAAGAGAGCGGGAGGGAAGGCGGCAGCGGCAUCCUCACAGCCGUGAUGCUGCCAUGAUGAGCGUGAAGCUGCCCCGCAUCGACGAGAACAAAGAGCUGGAGCUGCCUCUGCCCUCCUGGCGCAGACCCAGACGAGCAAGCGGAGAGGCCUGGCACUCCCAGCCGCCGUCUCGGGGUGGUGGCCGCACACUGGCCCUCCUCACCCGCAACCGCCACAAGACUGCCUCUCACACCAACACCAGCAGCGACAUCAGCACCAGCACGCCCGCGUCCGAGUCAUCGAGACCCAGCUGGCUGUCCAACGCUCGACAGGCUAUCGGCCACAGCCGAACCUUCACCUUCCUGGUUCACACAUAUGAGGGCCGGGCGUUGUCAUCAUCGGCCUCGGCCUGCCCCUCCCCGCCCCACAGCAGCAGCCCGGCGUCCCUCGGAGUGCGGCUGACGUCAUCGGCCACAUCAGCCGUCAUGCACGCGGCGUGGACGGGCCUGGCGGCCGUGUGGCUGGCCGUCCUGAGAGGCCGCAACAAGGCCAAGGCGGGUACAAGCCACAAAGCUGUGGCAUUAGCGGCACUGUUCCUCUUGUGGCUCCUCUGCCCCCUGCCUAUGGCCUUAAGGUUGGCCACGGCACGACGCGCAGACAGAGACCCGCAAGGAGAUGGAGGAGAUACGGAGAGAGAGACAGUGGGGGAAGCGACCGAGCCUGAUGAAUGUGAUGGAUGAGGCGGGUGGGAGAGGGACAGACUGACGGCGGACAGACAAAGAGAGAGAGAGAGGCCGACUGGUUGGGUUGGGUUGGUUGGUUCUUUGCUUGUUAGGCCGUGUGGAUGAGUGCGUGGCGUGGCGUGCAUCGGUUUUGGUGCGGGGUGGGUGGGUGGGUGGGUGAGGGAUGGGCUGGUGAGUGGGGGUGAGUGGGUGUCGUGUCAGCCGCUAUGUAAGAAAGAGGGACAGUACAGUGAGAGCGUUGGUUGGCAUUUUUGCACCACCAUUCGUGUGUACGGGACGGGCCACUUGGAGGGGGGUGGUGUGGGUGCUGAUGAUAGAUGUUUGUUGUUCUUUUCAGUCAGUCAUUAUGUGUAAGUGUAUUGCGUAUGUAUACAUACAUAUCACUGGCAUACACAUCACUGGCGAGAGAGAGACAUGCCCUGCCCACAUUGCAUGGCGUUGCACGUGAGUGACUGGCUGCAUGCCACAAAUUGGACAUUGACUGCCACGGUUGGUUGGUUGAAGACACGUGCCAUUUGAUGAAUCCACAGGACCGUGCCGUCCGUCGA